UGCUUUCUCUUUCUAUAAUCAGAAAAAACAAUUCCCUUUUGAUUUUCAUGUUCUAGAAUACAGGUUUUUGACUUUUGGUUCAUCUCUUAACUAAGAAGAUUCCAUUCUUUUUAUUAUUGGGGCACACACCUUUUUUCUUGUAUAUAAGUGGGUAUUUGAUGUUCUAUUCUCCCCACAAAAUUAAAUUGCAAAUUGUGCAUUAAUACAACUUGGGUAUAGCUUUGUUUUGUGAUACGGGAAAUUGGGUCUGCUAUUUCUUGAUUUUUUUUCUUAAAGUUGAGAUUUUUUUUUUUUAACCUGAAAUUUGGAUAUGAGUUUAGGGGGAGAAAAGAAAAAUGUGGUAGUUAUUGGGGGUGGUGUUGCAGGUUCUGUUGUUGCUAAAACUCUUCAAAAUGAGGCCAAUGUUUCCCUUAUUGAUGAGAAGGAGUAUUUUGAGAUAACAUGGGCAAGCUUAAGGUCUAUUGUUGAACCUACAUUUGCUACAAGAUCAGUGAUUACUCACACUGAGUACCUUCCUCAAGCGAAAAUCAUUGCAUCAGCUGCAGUUGACAUCACAGACACCGAUAUAUUAACCAAACAAGGCAAUCGAAUUCCCUAUGACUAUCUUGUUGUUGCCACUGGUCAUACACAAAGCGGUGCUUCAACGAAACUGGUGAAGAUUAGUCAAUACCUAGCAGAGAAUGAAAAGAUAAAGGCUGCAAACUCCAUAUUAAUAGUCGGAGGAGGGCCAACAGGUGUGGAGCUGGCUGGUGAAAUUGCUGUUGAUUUUCCUGCUAAGAAGGUGACGCUGGUGCACAGGGGAUCAAGAUUGUUGGAAUUUAUCGGAGAAAGUGCCAGAAAAAAGGCACUGAAUUGGCUUACUUCAAAGAAAGUUGAGGUCAUCUUAGGGCAAUCUGUCGAUGUAAACUCUGCAUCAGAAGGCGUUUAUAAAACAUCGGGUGGAGAAACCAUAGUUGCUGAUUGCCAUUUUUUCUGCAUCGGUACACCAUUUGGUUCAGCAUGGCUAAAAGAAACUAUCUUAAAGGAUAGUUUGGACAGUCGUGGAAGGCUAAUGGUUGAUUCAAAUUUGAGGAUCAAGGGACACAACAAUAUCUUUGCUACUGGGGACAUUACCGAUAUUCCGGAACUUAAACAGGGAUAUUUGGCUCAAGAACAUGCAAAGGUAGCAGCCAAGAAUAUCACGUCGUUAAUAAAGGGAGCGGAAGACGAUCACAAAUUGGCUGUGUAUAAGCCAGCAACCAAGGCAUUGGCUUUAGUUUCUCUUGGGAGAAAAGACGCAGUGGCUCAAUUUCCUUGUUUGUCAAUUGCUGGACGCGUUCCAGGCAUGAUAAAAUCCGGGGAUCUAUUUGUUGGAAAGACGCGCAAGGGACUUGGUCUACAGCCCGAUGUUUAGUUGUCUUGUAUAUCAAGAACUACGCAUGUUAUAUAAGUUAAAUUUAUUUAUUUAUUAACUUUGUUGUUUGAUGGUUCUUCUAAAUAUUCAUGUUCUCUCGUUUGAUUUUCUUUUUUCAAUCUUAAUACAAGAGAGUGUGUUUUUACA